AUGCCAAAAGCAGAAUUCACGCCAGGAAAAUGGUCGCAUAUUGAUGGAUUGCAGUUAGCAGAUCCUUGGUAUGCUGAACCAAAGAAAAUACAAUUGUUAAUCGGGUCGGACGUAUUACCAGAAGUGUUUAAAGAAGGAUUAAUUAAAGGGCCAGACAACUCUCCAAUGGUUCAAAACACAUUAUUUGGAUGGAUAUUAUCAGGACCUUUAGAUGUAGAGCGUACAAUCACAAACAAAAUAAUGUUAUGCUCCAUGGCUUGCGAAAGCAGUGACCAGUAUUUAAAACGGUUUUGGGAAUUAGAGGAAAUUCCAAAUGCAGACUUAAGAACAGUAGAAGAAAGGCAUUGUGAGCGACAUUAUGAUUCAACUUGCACCCGCGAUAAAACAGGACGAUACAUCGUUAGGUUACCACUGAAAAAUGAUCGAGAAACGUUAGGUGAAUCCAGAAAGAGUAGCAAGAGUAAGAGUAUGUGA